UGGAGCGGCACAGGGGCGCUAGCAUUGAGAGCUAAGUAAUGCAAUACCGGUCAAAAUGCGAAAUUGUUGCUUUUAACUAAACAUAUUACUUCUGUGUUUCUCACACCCAAUUCAACGAACGGCCCGUUAUAUACAACGAUUAAGUUACGACUUUGGACGAGAUAUCGCGGUCCUCUCGUUCAACGGCGCUAACUUUAGUUAUGCUAGCUGUUCACUUUUCGUGUUAGCUAACUUCAAAGCGAGAGAGGCGGUUCAGUGGUCUCAGAAAAGAUGCAGCUCGGCGAAGGGUUGUAACGUUAUCGAAACAAUAUCUCUCAUACCCUGUUCUGGCUGUGGUCCUGGGGUCAGAUCAAGUUGUUGCCUCUUCCCAUGAUACCACAGCGUGCUCUUGCAGUGAGAAGUGUCACCUGCUGAUGGCGCCGUGCUGGAGAAAAACAACCGUGAACGCCACUGAGCUGCUGAGCCGUAGGAGUAGAGGUAUCACGGAUGCUGGAACUAUUGUUAGACACAAUAUGAAGGUCCUUAGAGCUCUCCUCCUCAAGGACAACAGGGAUUUCAUUAAAGUAUGGAGCAAAACCUCAAAAUCCACGAUUAUGUAUGAGAAUGGUAAAAUCUACUUUGAAAAUUACCAGAUCUGCUACAGCUGUGUUCACUCAGAGCCUUGUGUUCUAUACAAGUUGCCUAAGAGGUCUAAAUUGGAGAAAUUUGAGGAUGCUUUGCUGUGUCAGAGCCCACUUGACAAAACAUUAGCCUCCCCCUCUGAUCAUAAACCCAGCCUCUUGGCUCUGACAGCCAAUAAUUGGCUGUGCCGCCUUUCAGCUGAAACGGGAGAAGAGCUGCAGAGAGUUUACCUCUCUUCAAACCACAAGUUCAGGUAUCUUGGCUGGGAUGUUUCUCAAGAGAUGUUUUAUGUUAAAUCUGUUCAAAACAAAGAAACAUCUUUAGCACGACAGGCAGGUAUCACUCAGAAUACAGUGAUGCACCUGGCCUUCUUUCACGUUUUCCCCUUGCAAGUUGUGGGAAUUUUGGAGAUCAACAAAAAGGUAUUUGGAAAUGGUGUUACCGAUGUUGUUCUGUCUCAAGGUGUCCUUGUGGUGUCUUACAACAACAAGUCAGUGAAGCUGUACAGCUUUGAGCACAUUGUUCAAAGGUACCUGACAGAGAAGUUGAUGCUUGGAAAGCAGAGUUCACUUCUUGGAGGCAAAACAGUGGGAAAUGUCCCAUUUGGUAUUCCAGUAAAUAUCCAGAUCACAGAUUGCCCUCCUGUGCUUUUCGAAGUGUCGUGCUCUAAUAACAGUAUCCAGAUUGGAGGCUACCCAUGGCACUACAUCUACACACCGCCACAAAAAAAUCACAAGGGGACUCACCACAUCUGUUCAUUAAAGGACAGCACUCUGGCCACAAAUGGAAUACAAAACAUGAACUGCUGCUCUUUAGAGAGUGAUGGGAUCUUCUUCCACCCUGAUGACUCAGGAAGAAUCAUCCAUGUUGGACCUACUGUCAUAAAUGUCCUGAAAAUCCUCAGUGAACUGAAUACUGGUUUGCCAUCAAAGGUAGUUGAGGAUUUCUCUAUGGCUACCCAUCGAAACAACACCCCUGCCUCACAAGUCACUGUCACCUCAUCAGGCCGCACAGUGAAGAAAAGAUUUCAUCAGCUGGACGAUGACCCAGAUCAAGAGGACCUGCCAUUGUAUUCCAUGCCUGAUACUUUCCGUAUGGUGGAAUAUGAGGAUGAGCUGGACCUUUUGGCAGUAGUGGUAACUAACGGUGAGGAGGGAGAAGGACGAGCCCACAUCCGGCUGCAUGACAACCAGAGCGGGCAGUUACUACGGACAGUUAAUCUGGCUGAAGCUUGGGAUGAGACUUAUCGACAUGAGUUGUUUUUUGACAAAGACACAAUUGUUCAUAUUGAACAAAAGAACACCAACUUCUGCUGCCAUGUUUACAAACUCAAGGCUGCCAGAAAAUAAGUGGCACAAAAGUGAAUGAAGCUCCUUUCUUACUUUUAAAGAUUCUUAACAUAUUUGUGCAACAAACCUGUGUUUGUUAACAGCUUUCCUUUUAAACUUAAAGUGGUGUUUUUCACAUUUGGAUCAUUGUAUAAUUGUUUCUUUUGUAUGAAUUACACUUGAUAAUCAAGUCUCUGUACUGUGUUACUGUUAACUAUGUUCUGUCUCACACGUAUGAACAUUUUUUACACUGUUUCUCCUAAAUUAAAAUGUUAUAUUUUUCAAAGUUACCCUGUUUUUCUGCCCCCUACUGUGUUUCCAUUAUGCUCAUCCAAAUGUUAGGAUAAUUGAAAGUUGCUUCCAUGUGAGCGGGCAGCAGAGGAGCCCACUGAUCCAGAUCUGGACUCACUGGAGCAACCUGUGAUUGCUUCCUUUGACAGCAAGGAAAUACCUGCAGAUAGCAGUGAUACUGAGGAAUGUCUUCCUCUCCCCCCAAAAAUGAGUGAGAAACCUGCCAUCAUGUCAUGUAAUGUGUAUGUGAUCAAAAUUCUGCAUUAUUGGCUACAUGCUCUCACAACCCACAGUUUUAACAUACGAGUUUAUUCCAUAAAUAAGAUGAAUUUGGAAUAGUUUUUGGUUAUUUUAAAUAGGAGAUUACUAUUUUUGGCAUUUUAUCUGAGCUGCUGAAUGAGUGAAUGAG